CCUGAGUACUUCAACUUUGCCAAGGACGUGCUGGACGUGUGGAGUCAGCUGGAAAAGGCUGGGCACCGGCCCCCGAACCCUGCGUUCUGGUGGGUCAGUGGCAACGGCGCAGAAGUCAAGUGGAGCUUUGAGGAGCUGGGGACGCAGUCCAGGAAGGCAGCGAACGUGCUGGGGGGCGCGUGCGGCCUGCAGCCUGGGGACAGGCUGCUGCUGGUCCUCCCGAGGGUCCCGGAGUGGUGGCUGGUCAGCGUGGCCUGUAUGCGGGCAGGGAUCAUUAUGAUUCCGGGCAUCUCUCAGCUGACGGAGAAGGACCUCAAAUACCGGCUGCAGGCGUCCAGGGCCAAGUCCAUUAUCACCAGUGGCUCCCUGGCUCCGAGGGUGGACGCCAUUAGCGCCGACUGCCCUUCCCUCCAGACCAAGCUGCUGGUGUCUGAUGACAGUCGGCCGGGCUGGGUGAACUUCAGGGAAGUCCUCCGGGAGGCAUCUGCAGAGCACAGCUGCGUGAGGACCAAGAGUCAGGACCCGAUGACCAUCUACUUCACAAGUGGCACCACUGGGACCCCCAAGAUGGUGGAGCACUCCUGUGCCAGCUAUGGACUGGGUUUUGCGGCCAGUUCAAGGUACCAGUUUCGGAGUCUGAAGCACUGUGUCACUGGGGGAGAGGCCCUCAAUCCUGACGUGAGGGAGAAGUGGAAGAAGCAGACAGGCCUGGAGGUGUAUGAAGGCUACGGCCAGUCUGAGACGGUGAGUGCUGCUGUCCUCCACCUGAGCCCUCAGCCAGCCCGUGGGAAUGCCGUCCUCAGAGCCUCCUGCCUUUCCACGAACCCCAGGACCUGGGAGAGCUUUCUGGCUGGGCCUGACUGUCUCUGGUUUUGUGUCCGGCAGGUGGUAAAGGCAUUUAUAGUCCUUUCUCCAGCCUACUCCUCUCGUGACCCCGAGGAACUGACCCGUGAACUCCAGGAGCACGUGAAGCGGGUGACCGCUCCGUACAAGUACCCCAGGAAGGUGGCCUUUGUUUCAGAACUGCCGAAGACAGUUUCUGGAAAGAUCCAAAGGAGCAUAUUGAGAAGCCAAGAGUGGAGAGAUGAGAUGCGAGCCCAAAAGGGCCCCGGGGCCGUGCACCACAACCCACAGCCCUUGGCAGUGACAGCAGCCGCGACCGACGACGACGAGGGCUGCUGCGUCACUUUAAAGGCAGUUUAUCCCAUGCCAAGCGUGGUGCUAAAUGUCUCCUCCCAUUCUCUCCUCACACCCAGUCUGCCCUCACGAUGGCAGCUCUAG